AUGUACAACAUUUCUUCAUUUUCAGAAAAUGUCCCGUUUGCUACAAUUGAAAGUCCUGGUUUCCGAAAUUAUAUAUGUCCACUUUAUAAAAUUCCCAGUCGUGACACAGUUAAAAGAAGAGUAGACGAAACAUUUAGCGUAUUAGCAGCUGAAUUUCGAAACAAGCUUAUCCAAGUUAAAAAUGUAUCACUGACAACUGAUGUUUGGACUGAAACCAUGCAAAUGCGAAGAGUCAUUGGAGUAACAGAACUAGAUGAAAGUCAUACUUCCAAAUAUUUAGGUGAAGUUUUUGUUAAUACAGUAUCAGAAUGGGGCAUUGAAAAUAAUAAUGUAGUGGCUGUAACAACAGAUAGUGGGGCUAACAUAAAAAAAGCAGUAGUUGACGAAUUUGGAGAAAAACGACAUUUAGCAUGUUUAGCACAUACUAUUAAUUUAAUUGUGGAAAAAGGUAUUAGUAAGACCCAAGAAGAAGAUGCCACAACUAGAGUUAAAAGUGGAGGAGUUCCCCAAUUACUGCAUAAAGUUAGAUGUAUUGUUAAAUACUUUAAAAAAAGUACCAAGGCGUGUGAUGAAUUAAGAAGUGUUCAAAAGUCAGAAGGAGUGUCCGAAGGGAAAUGCAGAAAAUUAAUGGUGUUCGGACAAAAUCCCGCCUGA